CAGCGUAUUUCGCAACCAAUUUGGAUCUGAACUCGAUCUUUUCACCAGCUGCAUCCCUUCAAGAAUGAACAUAUUACCGAAGAAAAGAUGGCAUGUGCGAACGAAAGAGAAUAUAGCCCGUGUGAAACAGGACGAGGCUAAAUAUGAUGAGGAGCAACGGCAAAUCAAAUAUCGAGCCCAGCUUGCCGAGCAAGAAUCUAGAACGGAAUUGCUGCGUAAGCAAAUUGCUCUCGGAGGGUCUACCACAGCGAUUGAAACUUUUCGUGCUCCUCUUUUAUCCGAACGUAGCGUUGAAUUACUUGAAGGUAACAAAGAAUAUGAAGCGGAGAAGCGAGCGGAGAAAGAGGCACAGGAGAAAUCUAUAGGGUUGUUGACUUAUCUCGGUCAGAGUGUGCUCGAGUCGAGCGGUCAAAGACCAUGGUAUGAUGUGCAUCCCAAACGACAGAGUACUUCUGAACAGGAAAAAAACAAAGCGAGAGAGGAAUGGGAAGCUAAAAAGAAGUCUCGUGCCGACCCACUGUUUGAGAUGAAUAAAAUUUCCGAAUGGUUUGAGAAAAGACGCGAAGAAAAGGCGAGAGAAGAGAAUCAACGCCUGCGACGUGCGAACUCUUGCAUAACUGCUAUGCCUUCGCUAUUUCCGAAUGAUAUCGCAGUACCAAAAACUUCCACGAAAAGGACGGCAUCAUUAUUGGAAUCUCUCAGCCUGUUUAAACAGUCCUUAAAGCAGUGCAAGAACAAAAAAAGAAAGAAGCACAAGCAUGCAAGCUCUGAUGAGGGUAACAAGGACGAAGAGCCGGAUAUGCUGCCAGGCUGUUUAGUGCCAGGUAACACUGUUGUCGCUGGAUCGAGUUGCGUUGUAUCCGAGGUGGCAAACAUUUCCAAACAACAACGUCUAGACGCCCUCCGAGCUGAACGGCUCCAAAGGGAGCGUAAAGAGCGAGAACGUGCUGCCUUGGUAAUGGCCGAAGCAAUGGGCUUGACCGACGCGCUUCGUGAUCCGUGCGAAUCUGAGCAGACCACUACUGAUGAGCGGGAGUUACCCUUCAACUCAGCCUUCAAUCCCGAGUUGGCUGCUGUCUUGGCGGAACGCCGUCGAAAGUUCAGAGAUUCUAGAAAACGCCCUUAUCCAUAG